AGUAUCUUUCACAAAGUCAUGUCUAAUCAAACGCGAUCAGAUAAUCCUGAAAAGGCUACAGAAGCAGCAGAGCCUGCCCCUAACCGUGCUGCCCGUAGAGCCGCACAAAAGAAAGAGGCCAAAGUCACCAAAGUGACAAAGACUACUACAACAACAACCACUACAAAAAAGUCGAGAUCAACUACACGAUCGGGGCCUUCCAAGCCUUUGAAUCCUAAAACUACCAAAUACGAAUUUGGUGGUGUCUUGGGUGCUGCUGCCAUGAUUGUAUGCUUGCCUAUGCUUGUCUUGGCUUUUACUUAUGGCUGUAAUCAAACAUUCGGUUAUAAACCUUUCCAUGCAUUAUACGAAUUCUUUGCCCAAUUCAAUCUUGACAAUGUGAUUCACACUCUCAAAAACUGGAAUUAUGGAGGUGCAUUUUUGUAUCUUGGUAUCGUUGUUCAAUUAGUCGUUUAUACGAUCGCACUUCCCGGAGAGCAAGUAGAAGGAGAACGUCUUCGUAAUGGAAGCCGACUUACUUACAAGGUCAAUGCUUUGACCGUCUUUCAAGGUUUAGUCACCAUGGGCUUUAUGGCGCUUCGUGGUCAAGGUUAUCAUAUGUUUAUUUAUGCAAAGGCUCAUUUUGCCGAUAUCGCUUUAUUUUCGCUUGUCUUUUCAUUCAUUGUGUCAAUUGCUGUUUACGUUUCAAGUUUCUUUGGAAAUAAGAUGCUUGCUUUGGGUGGUAAUACCGGUAAUCCCAUUUACGAUUUUAUGAUUGGCCGAGAAUUGAAUCCUCGUAUCGGUAACUUUGAUAUCAAAUUCUUUACAGAAUUAAGACCAGGUUUAAUCCUCUGGUUCUGUCUCAAUAUUUGUUUUGCUGUUAAUCAAUGGGUUGAUUUGGGACGACUUACGUAUUCAAUGGUGCUUGUCAAUAUCUUCCAAGCAUGGUACAUCAUUGACGCACUUUACAAUGAAUCUUCCAUUUUAACCACCAUGGAUAUCACAACUGAUGGUUUUGGCUUCAUGUUGGCAUUUGGUAACUUGUGUUGGGUUCCCAUCAUGUACAGUUUACAAGCACGUUAUCUCUCGGAUUUCCCUGUAGAUUUAUCAUACCCUCAUUUAGCUCUUAUUGUCGGCCUUCAAGCACUUGGUUAUUAUAUCUUUAGAUCUGCUAACUCUCAAAAGGAUGCUUUCCGUAAAGAUCCCAAGGACCCUCAAGUUGCUGAUCUCAAGUAUAUUGAAACUAAAUCUGGAUCCCGUUUAAUUACUUCAGGUUGGUGGGGCAAGGCUAGACAUAUUAACUAUUUUGGUGACUGGUUGAUGUCCGUUGCUUGGUGUUUACCUUGUGGCUUCGAUUCGAUUAUCCCUUACUUUUAUUGUGUCUACUUUGCCAUUUUGCUUAUUCAUCGUGAACGCCGUGAUGAAGAAAAAUGUAGAAAUAAGUAUGGUAGUGAUUGGGAUCGUUACUGUGCCAUUGUUAAAUAUCGUAUCAUUCCUGGUGUAUAUUAAAAAUAAAAAGUAGAAAGGUUCCCAUCUUUCAAAUAAAGUAAAUAAAUAUGUGCAAGUAUAUCCUAU